ACCUGAAGUUCAUGGACACGCUCUGCAGUUUAAGCAGUCCUCCACUAAUGGAGAGAGCCGUCCCUGACUUCAGCAGCUGUUCUUCAGUAGAUGAAUGGCUGGACACCAUAAAGAUGGGCCGUUACAAGGACCACUUUGCAGCAGGGGGCUAUGACACUCUGGGACAUGUCAUAAGCCUGAAGCAAGGCGACAUCCAAAGGUUGGGAGUGACGCUGAUGGGCCAUCAGAAGAAGAUCAUGACCAGUGUCCAGAUGAUGAGGGCACAAGUCCUCAACAAGAGCGUUCCAUCGGUGCAUGUAUAACCACAAAACUGGAGUUUCUUCCUGCUCAAAUUAAAAACUAGACUUCUAUAAACUCAAAAAGGACUC